AUGCUAAAUUGGCGUGAAGCAAUCAAACAAGCUCAACAAAAAAUCGAUAAAGUUCUGGAUAUUCGAGCCGAAGAAGAAAAUGAGGAAGAAGUUGGGACGAGCAGUGAGCAAAAAGUGGUGGACUAUGAGAGCACCGAAAAUUCGCCGAGCUCGAUUUCACCAAAAAGUGAUUGUGAAGUGGUUUUGAGGGAGCCUGUUUUGCCACGUGAGUUUUUUCUUCUGGUUUUGAAAAUUUUUUAAAUUCUGAAAUUGCUUUAGUUCUAGAAGUGUCCUAAUUUUGAGAAAAGGCCAGAUCUGCACUAAAUUCUAGGCUUAUUUGGGCUCAAAAAAUAGAUAAAUUUAGGCUUAAAAUCUAGGCUCAAUUAAGCUUGAAAAUCCAGAAUUUCAGGCCUAAGAAUCUAGGCUCAUUUGGGCUUGAAAAAUCCUGAAUUUCAGGCCUUAAAUCUAGGGUCCUUUGGGCUCAGAAAAUCAAUAAUUUAAACCUGAAAAUUCCUUUAUGAUUAUAUUUUUUCUUGGCCUGAAAUUCAGAAUUCCAGAAUCUUCAAAAAUCUCACCCAAUUUUUUUAUCGACAAAAAAACCCCAGGUUUUUUGAGUUUUGAUCAUCUUGAUAAGUUUUUGGUGUUGUUUUUUCUCUAAAAAAAUGUUUUUGAAAAAUAUUUUGUAGAUCAAAGGAUAACUGUUUUAAAAAUUCCACAGGUUACUGUAGAUUCUGGGGCCAAAAAACCAAAAAUGUGUCAUGUUAGUCAAAAUCUUUAAAAAAAAUUAAAUUUCUGUGAAUUGCUCAUGUUAAUCUUAUAUAAACUAAAAUGUUUCAAAACAAACCAAAAACUCAAUUGAUUGCUCAUGUUAAUCAUAUAUUAGCCCAAAUUUUACGAAAAAAUAUCUUAAUUUUUGUAGAUUGCUCAUGUUAAUCAUAUUUUUCAGCUUCUUCAUACGGCCAUCUAACUGGAGAUGAUAUUCAAACAAUAGUUUCAUCCGACAUCGAAAUAAUUGGUGAAAAUGUGACUCCGGAUAUCUCACCAGAACCUCUGGAAGAAAUUCAAAUCACCACAACUUCAAGCUCAAAUUCAAAUUCACAUCCCAAUUUCAAAGCCAAUAAAAUGCUCAAGGAAAAAUUGCUCGCCGAGCAACAAAAAGUGCAAGAGCUCAAAGACCAGAUCAACAAACUCUCCCAAAAAUCCAAUACAAUCGAGAAGAAUUUCGACGCCUUCAAAUCCGAAGCUUCACAAUUCUCGCAAGAAGCAUUUCGCGCGCGACAAGACGCGAAAAAUUCGCGAGCAAAAAUCGCCGAGCUCCAAAAAGAGCUCGAAACCAUGGAGGAGAAAUUGAAUGCGAAAGAGACGAAAAUUCGCGGCAUGAAAAAUGCGAUGGAGGAUAAUUUGGCGAUUGUGAAGAAGUAUACGAGUUCGAAUAACUCGCAAGCUACAAAUAUUUCGAAGUUGAAUGAGGAGAUUGUUGAGAAAUCGAGGAGGAUUCAGGAAUUGGAAGCGAAUGUGGCUAAUUUUGAAAAUCAACGGCAUAAAGAGGUUAGUGAGAGAGUUAGAGAGCUAGAGGAUUAGAGAGUUAGAGAAGCUAUGUGAUUUAGAGUACUGUAGAUUUUUUCCUAACCUAGAAAUUGUAUUUUAUUUGUAUUUUUAGAUACAAAUUUGUGUUUUUUUUUGGGAUUACGGUAGCUUUACGUUUUCUGACUCAAACCAAGAAUACAAAUUUUCAAUAGUACGGUAGAUUUUCGCAAAACAAAAAUUGUACUCUAAUAGUAUCUCUAGAUACAAAUAUUUCUUUCUGGAGUACGGUAGCUCUACGUUUUUUUGAAAGUACUGUAGGUAGAAAAUCAAAUUCGAUCCCUUUUCUGAAUUUUCAACUUAUCAAAACUACUAUUCUAUGAUCGAACUGCAAAAUAUCACUGAAAAAUACAAGGUCAUCUAGAAAAAAAUCCGUUCCGAGACGACCUCCCAUAUUAUUUUUUGCUUUUUUGCUGGGCGAAAAUGAUAAGAUUUUUUCUAGACAAGAAAAAGUAGAAGUGAAACCGAGAAAUUUUGCAGCAACAAUCAAAAAUCAUUUGAGAUUUGGAACCUUUUUGGAGAGUCUGGAAGAGAAAGAGUUAGAGAGCCUAGAGAGGCUAGUGAGCUUUCGGGAGCAUUUUUGAGCCUUGGGAAGCCUUCAGAAGCCUUCAGAAUCUUUCAGAAACCUUGGGAAGCCUUCAGAAUCUUUCAGAAACCUUGGGAAGCCUUCAGAAGCCUUGGAAAGCCUCCACAAGCCUUAAAACCCCUCUGAAAGCUUUCCGAAGCCUCCAGAAGCCAAGGAAAUUUUUUUUCGAAAAAUAUAGAGCUAACAGUAAAGAAUUCUAGAUAUUAUCGAUUUUCUAAAAAAAAAUAAGAGCGCCUAGAUUUCAAAUAAAUUUUUUCCAGGAAACCGGUGCGAUGUACCUUGAUGACAUGAUCGAACAAACAAUUCAUGGACUCCGAGAAGAAAUCGAAGAAUAUCGAAAAACCAAUUCAGCCCUCCAGGAAGAUUUGAGAAAAAAAGAGCGAGAAAUUCAAGAAAAACAAGAAGAAUAUGAGGAAAAACUGAGCAAUGCUGUUAGCUCAACACAUCAGAAUUUCGAAACCGAUUUGGCUAUGAUGAAAAAUGAUUAUGAUGUUUUGCUGAAUCAGAAACAUCUAUUAGAUUUGAAAGAUGAAAGAAACCAAAAAAUGCUGGAAAAAUCUAGAAGAUCUAUGGAAAUUUCAAAAAAAGAACUGGAAAAUGUGAAAAGAUCGGUGGCUGAAAUGAUGGAACACCUGAAAAAUGACAAUUAUCGAUUGAAUUCCGAGAUUCGCCGGAUUAUUGAGAUGGAUUUUGAGAAGCAGCGAAAUCUGAAACCCAAGUUCAAGGAAAGCGCAGUGCAAACUGAAGAAGAUCAGGAGAAAAAUGAGGAGAAAAUUGAGGAGCCCGAGAAAAUUGGCGAGCGAAAAAUUAGUGUGCGAUUUGAGGAACCGUGUUGCUGCAAAAAUCAAAAGGUUGGGAAUUUUGGGAAAAGUUUUUGUGGUGGGAAAAUUGAGAAUCGGAUUUCGGGCAUGAAAAAAAUAUUAAAAAUGAUUAACCUGAGCAAUCAUUGCUCAUAUUAGUAUAAAAUGUGAGCAAUUUGAAUCGUGAAUUGCUCAUACUAAACUUAUUAUUAAAACUUGGAAAAAAUGUAUAACCUGACAUGAGCAAUCUUAAUUUUUCAUUGCUCAGAUUAAACUAGAAAAAAAUCUGAAUUUCAGAUUUUAAAUUUAAUUUUUUUUUUAAUUUUGUUAAUUUUAAAUUCAAUUUUUUUUUACUUUAAAUUAUUUAUUUUCUAAAUCUGAAUCUGAUUCAAAAUUCCCCACAAAUUUCAAAAAAAUCUCAAAUAUUUUUUUUAAUUUCAAUCUCUAAUCAACAAUUCUUUCAAUUAUCUCAAGUGAUCCAGUUUUCCUCGCCCAAAAACAAAAAUCGCAACAUUUUUCAGAAUCUCCAACAAUUUUCAAGCAUGGCUGAUGUUCUAAAAAUUCUAGAUGAAGUCACAUUUCAAAGGGAUCAAUUGGAAACCACAAAACGAAGAAUCGAUUUGGAAUUAAAGGUAUGUGGGUGGUCCUACUUGGGUGGUCCAAAAAAAUCCCCCAAUGUUUUUCCAGGAAACUCGACGACAAUUAGACGAAGUUCUUUUAAUGCAUGGCGAAAAAAUCGAAGAGUUAGACGAACUUCGAAUCGAUAAUGAUGAUUUGAGAGCAAUUUUAAAGGAACAGGCGCUUUCCCUAACGGCGAAAUCUGAAAAUUCUUAA